CCCCGUCGGCCCCGAAGGCGAUAUUUUAUUUAACCUCCUAACAUCCAUCCAUGGACCUUGAUUAAAGUUCUAAUCUCCCUUCAACCGUCACACAACACCUCCAGGACCCCGGUCCCCCUCCACGAUCAUGUCGCUCGAAACCCUCACAAACGCGCUCCAACACGUCCGCCUCCCACGCUCCCAACAAGACAAACUAAACCUCGCUCUCGGCACCGCCGCCGUACUAGGCAGCGCCUUUCUCCUCCCCGCCGCGUAUCGCGACUACCGCAUCUUCAAGAGCUAUGGGCCCGGCGGGGUUCCCAAUAAUAUACUGGGGUGGAUGACGGUGCGCGCAUUGUUCCAACCGUUUGGGACUGAGAUGCUUAGUACGGAGGUGUAUGUGCGGAGGAUUGAUGCGGCUGAGGGACAUGGGAGGGGUGAUGAGGGGUAUUUGACGCUAUCGACUGAGCAGUUGGAGUCGAGGAAGGAAGAGGGUAGGCCGGAGGUUGGACCGCAUGUUGUGCCGCAGCGACAAAUGACGCAGAUUCCCGAUGAGGAUGUUAUGGAGAAAUUCCGCUCAAGAUUCAGGUCUUUUGGAUUGAAGAAUCAUCACUUGGUUAAAUUCCAGCAAUCGAAUCUCGAAGGACACGCCGAGGCGUUGUUUUUGGCCGAUCACCUUUCCAUUACUGAUCUGGCGACGACGAUGCAGGGUGAAAUCACGCAUAUACAUAGCGGGAAUGACCACUCCCUUCACGCGGUACUGGCGCCGGCAGACUGCAAGAAAAUCAUCGAAGCAGGUUGGGGUCAGCGCCAUGCUUUCUCUGGUACUUCCGCCAUGACAUUUCUCAGUCUGGGCACUAUCCCCGAUAUUCCCUCCGAAUAUCUCCUGAUCUAUGCGCCACGCAAUGAUGCAGAGAUUAAGAUUGUGAUGGAGAUUGUCUCUGCCUCUAUCAAGUUCAUGACUGGACGGGAGGAUGUUCGGUGAGCUGGGAUUUGCUACAUGGAAAUCUCGUAUAUAAUUUGUCUUCGUGGGGAGAGUGGCGAAGGCUUGCUGGUAUGGUGUUGACUUUUUCUUGGGUGUCUUCUUUUCUUGGUUUAUUUUAUACCCCCACUCGACAAACGCGAUGCUUUGAGUUUAUUAAAAUGUAUAAUUAUUCAGAAAC